AGGAGGAGGAGGAGGAGUGUGGAUACCUCGGUCGAGCAGAGCUGCCGCGUUUCACUCGAGCUCCAAGUAGUUUGACGAAGUUUCAGUGAGCAAGUCGUGGAUUAGCCGGAACCGUGAUGGAGCUGCGUGUGGCCCGCUUGGGCUUCGUCCUGCUGAGUCUGUCCGCAGGUUUGAUCUCGGGUCUAGAAAUCACGUCUACACAGUCCACUUCCAUAGAGAGGGCCAGUGGUGAGACUGUGAAGCUGGACUGCCAGUUUACUCUGGCCGCUUUAGACUCUGGACCGCUGGAUAUUGAAUGGAGCUUACUGUCUUCCGACAACCAGAAAGAGGACAAAGUGGUUAUCCUGUACUCAGGCGACAGGUCCUACGAGGACUACUUUCCACCCAUGAAAGGCCGAGUCCACUUCAACUCAGCCGACCCCAAAAACGGUGACGGCUCCAUCAACCUGACGGGGCUGAAAUCAACAGACUCGGGCACCUACCAGUGUAAGGUGAAGAAGGCUCCCGGUAUCCGCAGCAGGAAAAUGACGCUGAUCGUCAUGGUAAAGCCGUCCAAGCCCAGGUGCUACUCCGAAGGCCCCACACAGGAAGGCAAAGACAUUACGCUGAGGUGCAAAUCUGGCGAGGGCAGCAACCCCCUGCAAUACAGCUGGGAAAAGAUCAGUGAUGGCAAGCUGCUGCCUGCUGCCUCUGUCCUGGACCCUGUGGGAGGUACCGUUAAUGUGAGGAACGCAUCUGCCAGCGCAUCAGGCACCUACCGCUGCACUGCCACCAAUCCUGUUGGCACAGAGGAAUGUAUAAUACAUCUCAAUAUAACACCUCCCCCCAACACCGCAGGCAUCAUUGCAGGAGCCAUAAUUGCUGUACUCCUGAUCCUCAUCAUUAUUGCCAUCAUCCUCUUCUGCUGUUGCCGUGCUCGUAACAGGAAGAAGUACGAGAAGGAGAUCUGCAACGAGAUAAGAGAGGACGUGCCUCCUCCUAAGAGCCGUGUUUCCACAGCACGCAGCUUCACCGUGGGCAGCCAGCGCUCCUCCCUGGGCUCCAUGUCGCCUUCCAACCUGCACGAGUACGCCCUGAAGCCCCAGUACGACAAGAUUCCCUCAUCAGAAGAGUUCGAGAGGCCACCGAGCCAGGUCCCUCUGCCACCCCCCACCGCUGCCAGGAUGGCCGGCCCCAACCUCAGUCGCAUGGGAGGCAUUGCUGUCAUGAUCCCUGCCCAGAACAGGGACGGCUCAAUUGUCUAGCAUGUCCUCUUCAGGUGAAGGGGCCGUGCAACAAGGGGAGGGAACAGAGGAUCGUAGUAGGACACAAGACAAUGAAGAUGGAGCAAGAGCUGGGAUGGGCUGACUCACCCGACUUGUAACUCUUCAUAACACACAUGGGAGUAUACGCCUCGUAUGAAGACCUGGCUCUGCUGUGGUGCUGAGAAGAAAAAUGGAGUUGUACUGGAAUCAUGACAGAGCACAUUUACUUUUUAUCAAAUAUAAAUACACAAAAAAAAUAUGAAAUUUACUUCCUGGGCUUUCUCAAAGAAAAAAAUAAUUAGUGUGGGUAUAAAGCUGAAUGGUCAAUAUACAAAUUAUAUUGUACAUAAGUGAAUGCAUGUCUUUUUUAUAUAUAUAUAUAGAUUGCCCUUUCUGUAGAAAUCAGAUACAGGCCCCUAAAUGGCCAGCUGUAUGCAUGCAUGUAUGUGUAAAAUUGCAGCAGUAUGUGUGCGUGAAAAUAAGUUUAUGUAUAUGAAUGGGAGUUAGGGAAAUAUAUAACUCAUUAAUUGUUUUAACAGUAUAAUUUGUCAGGUGACCCAGUCUUUACUAGUUUUUAAUUCCAUAUGUAAAUUGAGAUGGACCAAGCCUUGGCCAAUUUUUAAAAAAAUUCACUCAUUUGAAUUAAUCUUCCUUCUGAUUUGAAAACAGUCUAUGUAGGUCAGCCGUUUCCUCUUGAAGCGUUUGAACUGUUUGAAUCGUCCAGUCAGGGUUUAGGUGGGGGGCUUACACGGACCAGAUUGGCUGCUGGGGAAGAGGGGGUUGAAGCCACCACAUCUUGUGAUUGGCUGGAUUAUUGCUCCUUGACCAAGCUUAAAAAACAAUAAAAGACCAGUGUCCAGCCCUCCCCCAGAGAUCUCAGAGGAGGUGGUGCACAACAAGGUUCACUGAGCAAUCUGCUUUAAUUGUGUUUGACUGUCAAUAGGCCCCUAACCUCAACGACCACGAAAACACAAAAAUAGAAAAACAAGUUGACGCACACACCUUAUUAGCUGCACAAGAGCAACAGCUCUUUGAUUUAUCAUAUAUAGUAGCAGUCAGCCCCCUCCGAGGUGCUGCAUAUGUAAUGCUCCUUUUUUCUUUCUUUUUUUUGCUGUGGCAGUACAAGGAGCCGAUAUCUUGAUUUAACCUUCUCUCUGUGGUCAAUAUGAAGCCUGUCAUUGCUCCUGUAGUGCUAAUUGGCAUUUUCAUGAAGGAUGUACAGUAAGAAAGUUCCCCAAAGAGGAACUAAUGUGAUAAUUUUCAUUGAGGCGGCCAGUGUGAGUUGCAAUAGGCCAGUUCAUGCAAGUUCUUGUUGUUGGGAAAAACGUCUAGAAAUCGAACAUCUCAUCCUGUCUUCUACUUUAAAAAAGCACUAAGAAUACCUGGAAUGGGCAAAUUUUCUUUUUGCUUCGACGCCUUAUUAUAUUCCUUAUUUUUGCCUUACACAUCUCCCAUCAGCUCACCUCUGCUGGAUUAUACUGACUUCAAUUGUGCCUUGUUGUCCCCAGAUGAGUUUGGCCGUAGCACGUCAGUGUGCACUGUGUUAUGUGCAGUAGCAUCAUCCUGAAUCGACGACGUAGCCCACAGCCACCAAAACAACAUCGAUGCGUGAGCCUAUUGGGUCCUGUUGCCUCAUUCAGGUCAAGUCUAGGAUGUCCCCACACCUGCUCAACUCCUGCAAAUUCACCCACAACCCAAAAGUACUUGUCGUAAAAGCUUUUAUUUUGUAUUCAAAACAUGACUUCAUGUUCCUUUUUUAAACUUUAUUUUAACUUCUGUCAUUGAUACACUUUUUUAAAAAUAACAUAAAUGCUUCUCGCUGUAUGUAUAAAUAUCCUGCGAAGUAACCCUAUCUAAUCGCAACACAGUCCAAUGAUACACAGAUGAUGUUUGUAUGUAUAUGUGAUGCUCUGCCGUGCUGAAACAGAAGAGGAGGGGCCUUUCAGUACAAUGUAGAUGCUCCCUGGUGUGAUUGGGAAUUUCUGGCAGCGUGUGUGCGUGUGAGAGAGAGCGUGAGUGAGUGUUUGUGGAUUCUAGCAUCAUAGGGGACAUGACUGUUAUAGAAACAAAUUUGGCAGGUUUCAUGUUUAACCAGUUUUCUGUCACCAAGGAAAGUGAGACCUGAGCCUGCUUCGAGUAAUAGAUUACAUCCUGGUUCAAUUUAAAACACUACUGUGUGGGUGUGAUGAGCAAGUGAGUGAGUAGUACGUGAAGGGUGUUUACUGUCAGAAUGGGCCCCUGUAGAUUUCUAGUGAGACUUUCACCUGCUGACAGGCAGUACAGAGCUCUUAGGGAGGUAAUCCAUUUACUGUCACUCUAUGUGCUCAGAACAUAAAUUACAACUACUACUAACAAUAAUGACUGUAGCGUUUAAAUUUGCGUACUAAUAUUGUAUGAAGAUCUCCUUUGAGGUUUGCACACGGUGUGUUUUUUCUUUCUGUGUGUUUUUUUUGUGCUGUAUUUUUGAAUAAUAAAAGUUCAUGAACAAAAGAA